UGGUAGUGUAAAAUUCUAAAGGAAAAAAUAUACGUUUAAAAAUAUAUUUUAAUAUUAAUUGUGAUAUUUAAAAAUGCGUUUCAUUAUUUUCAUCUUCAUAGUGUUGUGUUCCGCUAGUGCCUUUGAAGCUUUGAAAGCUCAUGAUCCUGGUGUAUGCGUUGUUUCCCGAAGUGUACGGAAAACUAGACUCAAAUAUUACAAAGUGAGAAGCAUGUGCAAAGGCAAGAGGUGCAUUAUAAAGAAGAGCAAAGUCGAGAGCUAUAAAGUUAAUCAAAAUGAAAGUGUAUGCUGUACUGGUUGGGCCUACUCCGCCGUGCUGGACGCCUGUUCUCCUAGCUGCAGUAUGGGUUGUGUUGGAGGUCGAUGUGUCUCCCCGGAGGUCUGUCAAUGCGAUCCCCCUGCCACAUUGCAUCCAUUACAUAACAACGUGUGCGUCACCUGCGAGCCGGCAUGUGAAAACUCCAAAUGCGUUAACAACACCUGCAUCUGCUUUGAGGGUUAUCAGAAAAUAAAUAACACUUGCCAACCGGUUUGUGACUCCUGUGUUCACGGAUUGUGUGUGGCGCCGAACAGUUGCCGGUGUCAUCCUGGUUACGGUGGUGAGAAUUGCGAGCCCCUGUGUGAUAACUGUGAUAAUGGUGUUUGCGGUGAACCCAACGUGUGUUCGUGUAGGGAGGGGUAUCUACGAAACGCUAGCGGCUGUCAUAAACCUUGCCCGGCGGACUGCAAAUCUUGCGAUAGUCAAGGCCAGUGUCAGGACGGGGUUUGCCACGGAUUCAUGAUGAAGGGAAGACUAUUAGAGCGAUGCUGUGACGGUUGGGAAUAUGACAACCGAAUGCGUCGCUGCAAGCCUUCCUGUUUAAGCGGCUGUGGAGAUGGCGAAUGUGUGGCGCCUCAGAGAUGCGAAUGUAAACCACCGCUUAUACUAGACAGCAGUAAAAAGUGCGUCCAUCCGAAACCACGUUGUGAUUUACCUUGCACGAACGGUGCCUGCACAGCGGACAAUGUAUGCACAUGUGAUGCGGGUUAUACACAGAAAGAUACGUACACUUGCGUGCCAAAGUGUGAACAGUCCUGUAUAAACAGUGUUUGCGUUGCACCUGACACUUGCCAAUGUUUGGAUGGGUUUGAAUCUCAAGGAAAAUGGAAAUGUGAUCCGGUAUGUGACGAUUGUAAAGAUGGUAAAUGUGUCGCACCGAACACGUGCCAUUGUAAUAGUGGAUACUCUAAAGUGAACGGCAAAUGCGUACCAGUAUGUGAGGGCGAAUGCCAAAACGGAUUUUGUGCAGGACCAAAUAAAUGCGAGUGUAAUUUGGGAUAUGAGAUUGAUCCUUUAGAUAGAUUCACUUGCCGCCCGGUCUGUAAUCCGGCUUGCGUGAACGCGUCAUGUGUGUUCCCAGGCACAUGUUCCUGCUAUCCAGGAUAUGAAUCACUUACUGCAAAUAUUUGUAAGCCAAAAUGUGAUGACUGUUUGAAUGGAGAUUGCAUUGGGCCAAACGAAUGUCGUUGUCAAGAAGGUUAUGAAUUGACCGGAACAAAAUGCAAGCCUGUAUGUAGUCAGAUAUGUGUCAACGGAUAUUGUUCAACACCAGACACCUGUAGCUGUAAUAAUGGUUACGAAUUGGAUGCUCGCGAUAAGUUUACUUGUAAUCCAAUUUGUAAAGAAAAAUGUAUUAAUGGAACGUGUGUAAGUCCCGAUAUAUGCCAAUGCUUUGAAGGCUACGAAAAAACUAGCAACGACAAUUCUUGUAAACCGAAAUGUUUAAGUUGUGAAAAUGGGAUUUGUAUAAGACCUGACGUUUGUUCGUGCGAUGACGAUUAUGUUUUAUAUAAUGGAACAUGUGUCCCCGUUUGCUCGAGUUUAUGUAUCAAUGGGUAUUGUAAAUCACCAAAUGAAUGUGGCUGCCUGGAUGGUUAUAUUAGAAAUUCCUCGAAUCCCGCAGCAUGUUACAAGCCUUGUUCUGGCCUCUGCAACAACGGCAUCUGUAACAUAGAUGGAAACUGCAUUUGUGAUCCCGGCUACGAGUUACAUCAAAAUGAAUCCUGUGUUGCCAUAACCAUGGUGCAUUGUGAGAAUUGCAAUGGUACGUGCGGAGACGACGGCCAUUGUAAGUGUUGGGAUGGAAUCACGUGUUCCAAUACAACCUUCAUCGAGCCAGCAAGUGUGAAGUCAGCUGAAGUGUUAGCGGGUCUACAAUUAACGUGGUUGCUGGGAGGUUGUAUAAGUUUCCUUCUCCUCGUUCUGGUAAUUGUGGUCAUGGCACAAAUGUGGCGGAAGAGACAAGAAUUCGUCACGAAGUCCGUUGAUGGUGUAGGAGGUAACCAGUACGGCAGUGUUGUUUACACGGUCCCAGACACUCUUAUGAAACGAAAUGUCAGCGACGAAGCCUAUAGUGAUAAUGAUGAGGCCGAGGAAGUCACAGCCCAGGAUAAACUUGAAGCGGCUGAACGUCUUCUAGCGAGUCAAAUAGUUUUCGAACAUGAUAAAAUUUAUGACCACAAGACCACCUGGGAGAUGCAAGCUUUCGGAUACAAAAAGGAAUUUCUUAAUGUGUAUUAUCUCUGUAACAAACGAUUUAGACCUCAAGUGACGAUGAUUGUUCAGUCAAAAAAAAUAUUCUUCUUUUUAUUUAUUUUUUUAUGUUCAAUACAAAUUUCUACAUGUAAUGUUUGUAAAAAAAGUUUCAUUUUUCAGCGAUGGGUUCCACAGCCGUACGUACGGACUGUAAGAGAAACGUAUAGAGGCAAUUGCUUUUUUAGAUGCACGAAGACAAGAAUUAACAAAUAUUAUGAAGAGAAAAUCGUUCUGAAAACCUUCGUCGGAUCCAAAGACGUCUGUUGCUCCGGUUACAUUGAAGAUGAUCUGGGAACUCCUAGAGAAGGAGAACUUCACUGCAAACCGGUAUGUAGCUCAAUCUGUCACAAUGGAUAUUGCGCUGAGCCAGAGAAAUGCAUAUGUAAUCCAGGAUAUGAGCUUCAUCCAAAGUUCAAAAACAAGUGCGUUCCAGUUUGUACUAAUGGAUGUGAACAUGGAAGUUGUAUCGGACCGGACACUUGUGAAUGUAAUUUUGGAUAUCAUUUAAAAGAUAAUACAUGCCAACCAAUCUGCAAUGAGCCUUGUGUUAAUGCCACAUGCAUCGCUCCGGAUAAAUGUGAAUGUUUUUUAGGAUAUAGAGAAACUGAAAACAAUGUUUGUCAGCCCUACUGUUCUAAAGGAUGUUUAAAUGGUAUUUGUACAAGUCCUGAAAAUUGCACUUGCAAUGAUGGUUGGUAUAAAGAGGAGGAAAAAUGUAAACCAUAUUGUGAGUUCGACUGCGGUGGUGGCACAUGUGUAGCCCCAAAUAGUUGCGUAUGUAAUCCAAAUUACAUUAAGGCUGAAAACUUAACAUGCGUACCUCAUUGUUCCCAAGGAUGUGCAAAUGGAAUUUGUGUUAGCCCAGGAAAUUGUGUUUGUAACAAAGGAUGGGCUAAGAGUGAUGAUCUAAACGUCUGUUUGCCACAUUGUGAGUUUGAAUGUGGCGGAGGUAUUUGUGCCAGUCCAAAUGUUUGCGAAUGUUAUGCUGGUUAUAUUAUGUCUGCUAAUGGAACAUGUAUACCCCAUUGUCCUCAAGGCUGCCCACACGGUCAGUGUGUGCAACCAGGAAAUUGUAGCUGUGAAAAUGGAUGGUAUAAAAACGAGACUCACGACGAGUGCCGUCCUAUUUGUGAUAACAAUUGUAUAAAUAGUGUUUGUGUUGCACCAAAUACAUGCGAGUGUUUAUCUAACUACACCAAGGCUGAGAAUGACUCAUGUGUACCUUAUUGCUCUUCGGGAUGUCCAAAUGGCACAUGUGUUAAUCCAGAAGAAUGUGAAUGCAAUGAUGGCUGGCAAAAUAAUGAGAAUGGUAUUUGUGAACCAAAAUGCAAUAGCCCAUGUGGAAAUGGAAAAUGUAUAGAACCUGAUGUUUGUGAAUGCUUUCCUGGAUACAAGUUCAAUAUUGACAAUGAUGUAAAAUACUCGAAUGGUCUAUGCAUCCCUGAAUGUACGGGAUGCAAUGGAACUUGUAUAGCACCAAAUAAUUGUGUCUGUGAUAGUCCACUACGAGCUGUAAACGUAACAGAGGACGGACAAAAAUGUGAUUGCAUCGAUUUUUGUUUCGAAGGUCAAAAUAUAUGCCGAGGUACUGCUUGUGUUUUGAACGAUACUUAUGUUUCUACAUCUGACGGCUUGUACGAUACGAUGGAGAGUACAAUCAUCAGCACGAUUACUGACGAGGUGAGAAUUGACGGCAUGACAACUGAUAAUAUUUUAGAAGAAACAUCAAGUUCGUCUUUUGAUUCGGAUACUUUACGCGGAAGCCAAGGAAUUUACCAGAUACCAUACUGGGCCUAUUUUGUAAUUCCGUCUAUAACAAUAGUUUUAAUAGUAUCCAGUAUCCUUAUCUGUACUCGACGAGCCAUAUCACAAUAUUGUAAGGGCAGCAGUUAUGUUGUUGAAGGUACUCUUAUUAUUUUCCGUCUCACUCUUGUUUUUACAGAUGAUAAAAGAUUUACGUUUUUUCCAGAUGACAAAACAUUACAUGGAAGUGUUUCUUUCAACAAUGUCCGUUCAAAUCCCUUAAAACCCGAACCUGAACUGAUCUCAGGAGAUAUUUAGACUAUAAAUAUUGUAUUUUGUUUUCGUUUCUAAAUAGCAAUAUUAUUGUAGAUUAUUUGUUAACCGAAUCUAGACUUAUUGGAAACUUUUACACAAAAUGUUACUUUGUCCCCCGUUUCUUUUUAUUUAAUAAAAUCUUAUAAAUAAUUUUAUAUAAAUGUUAGUAGAGAAAUUAAUCGUACAUAUAUAUACUAGUAAAAUUAAAUAAAAUGGAGGCUAUUCACAAAGAUAUCGAAUUAAUUGACUAGAAAAGAAAGCUUCCGGAGGCCUCAGUCUCAAGAUGGCUUAAACUAAUAUCUUGUUAAAAUACACAAAAUAUGUCAGUAGUUAUUAUAAAUUAUGACCUUAGUGUAUCUAGUGUUUAUGUGGUAUUUAUAUUAUAUGAAUAGUAUAUAUAAA